CGCCCCCAACUCUUCUGUUCUGCAAAUUGAGAGAACGGGUACUAUCUGGAGGAUCUGUCAGGGAAUUGGCUUUCUCUCUCUUUACCGAUAUUAUAGAGAUUGAACUAAACCCUACCUUUGGUGGAUCGGGUUGAAGACACUGGAGGAGGGCUAGGAGAAGAAGAGUUGAUCUCUCUUAAUGGGGAAUUGCUGGGGGGAUCAAGUCAAGGCGGAGGUCCCCCUGUACUCGACUUCAGGGAUGAACAGUACCAAAGAUCAAUCUGGUUUAAGUAGUUCUAGCAGUAAGGUUUCUAUGUCAUCCGUGCCUCCAACCCCAAGAAGUGAGGGGGAAAUAUUGCAAUCAUCCAAUGUUAAGAGCUUUACUUUCAGUGAACUGAAAACCGCAACAAGGAAUUUCCGACCUGAUAGUGUGUUAGGUGAAGGAGGCUUUGGUUCAGUAUUUAAGGGUUGGAUUGAUGAGAACACAUUUGCACCGGCCAAGCCAGGGACUGGGAUGGUCAUCGCAGUAAAGAGGCUCAAUCAGGAGGGAUUACAGGGUCACAAGGAAUGGUUGGCAGAAGUGAAUUACCUUGGUCAGUUGUACCAUCCUAACCUUGUGAAAAUGAUUGGAUAUUGCUUGGAGGAUGAACACCGCUUGCUUGUAUAUGAGUUCAUGUCUCGGGGAAGUUUAGAGAAUCAUCUCUUCAGGAGGAGUUCUUACUUCCAACCCCUUUCAUGGAAUCUUCGGAUGAAAGUUGCUUUAGGGGCUGCAAAAGGGCUAGCCUUUCUGCACAGUACUGAGACAAAAGUCAUUUAUCGUGAUUUCAAAUCUUCCAAUGUUCUGCUUGAUUCAAGUUACAACGCCAAGCUCUCGGACUUUGGUUUGGCUAAAGAUGGUCCGACCGGCGACAAAAGCCACGUUUCAACCAGGGUUAUGGGAACAUAUGGCUAUGCAGCUCCUGAAUAUCUUGCAACAGGCCACCUGACAACGAAGAGCGACGUCUACAGCUUCGGUGUUGUGCUUCUCGAGAUGUUAUCUGGUCGGCGUGCUAUCGACAAAAAUCGUCCAUCGGGAGAGCACAAUCUUAUAGAGUGGGCAAGGCCUUAUCUUUCGAACAAGAGAAAGAUUUUCCGCAUCCUCGACAACCGUCUGAAUGGGGAUUAUUCGCUGGGGGGAGCACAGAAGGUAGCCAUGCUAGCUCUACAGUGCCUCUCCAGUGAGGGCAAGUUCAGGCCAAGCAUGAAUCAGGUGGUGUCUGCAUUAGAGCAGCUUCAGACAUCUAAUGAUGCAGCAAAGAAUCCUCAAUCUGAGCUCAAGAAGGUGGGUCAGAUGCACAGUAAUAGCCCUGCUAGAUCCCCACAAAAGAGCUUGGAUGGUGCUGUAAAUAAUAAAAUGGCUUAUCCUAGACCUUUGGCUUCUCCUAUCUAUUCUUAACAUAGAAUUUGUCAGAGUUAGCUAAAAUUCUUCAAAGCUGCUAUUUUUUCCCUGUAUUCGUGUCUGAUUGUUGUACAGUUUGUUGAAGGAAGGAGUCUUUGACUUUGCUUCAGUAGUUGACUGUGUUUGUUGAGUUUUCUAUAGAAAUAGAAUGUUUUGGUAUCUGUU